AUCUCCAUUUUCGAAGCUCAUCGACGUCGCAGAACUCUCCGUUCGGCAAGCGAGGAAGGAGGAAGCUCUCCGCGAGAGGAAGAGAAGAUGUCGGGAAGAGGGAAGGGAGGGAAGGGGCUGGGGAAGGGAGGCGCGAAGCGGCACCGGAAGGUGCUGCGGGACAACAUCCAGGGCAUCACCAAGCCGGCCAUCCGGCGGCUGGCCCGCCGGGGCGGGGUCAAGCGCAUCAGCGGCCUCAUCUACGAGGAGACCCGCGGGGUGCUCAAGAUCUUCCUGGAGAACGUGAUCCGCGACGCCGUGACCUACACCGAGCACGCCCGGCGGAAGACCGUGACGGCCAUGGACGUGGUGUACGCGCUCAAGCGGCAGGGCCGGACCCUGUACGGGUUCGGAGGCUGACGAGGCUCGGCGUUGGGUUUCUUCUAUGUAUUGUUGUUGCUUGUUAGUAUUCUGUUGAAUCAAAUGCAGUAAUUUUAGGAAUUGCUGUCGAUGGUGGUGUUGAUGUGCUUCCAAUGUUAGUGCUGUUGAUAUGCCGUUACUGCCAUUCGUUCAC